CAAGCACUCCAUCCAACGAGGGAACUCCGAAGGCAGACAACAUGAAGUUUGUUGUACUCUCUCUUGCUCUGGCCCUGGUGGUCAGCCAGGCUAAGGGACAAAAUCCAGUGUGGGCGGAUGAAGAGAAAUUUGGUGCAAACCAAGACGCCUGGGAGAGCUUGAAAGCAGAUGCAAGUUCUCCCUAUUACAUGCUAUUGGCGACAUAUACGGAUGACCCUGUAUGGGGCCGCGACUUUACUUGCCUGAAGGUUCAGGCAACGGAUGUGAACGAAGCAGAGAAGAGUGUUCAAGCUAAAAUUACAUAUAACCAUGAACAAGAAGCUAGCUACAAAACAUCCAAUGAAAAAAUUUAUGCUGAUUUUCUGUUCGAUUACAAGAAGGCAAACGCCAUUACAUACAAGACGGAAGAUGGGAGGACUUUCACUGACGCCCUUGUAUACUCUGGUGGAAAUUGCGAUGUAUUCUACGUUCCCCCGACAGCUGAUCUUCCUAGUGGAGGUUAUGAACUAUGGGCUACCGAUUACGACGACAUUCCUGAUAGCUGUCUGGAUAAGUUUCUUGAAUACUCUGAGAACUUCGAUAUACGCGCUGUAUACACUAGCGAGUGCCCGUAAAAUGGCAAUUUUCUGCAUUCAAAACAGACGCAUGGUGUCACCAUCUGUUACGAGUGUUUGAUGUAGGGUUGAAUAAUGUUGUUUUCCUGUCUUUCGGUCCUUGCUAUGGUAAUUGCAAAUGGAGAGCACUUGUAUUAGGAAAUAAAGCAUAUUAAUAUUCCUCAGUAAUAA